AUGCGCAAACGACGUCCCAGACGUCGAGACCGGCUGUUCUCGUUGCACGCCUCGGCGCGACUGCCGAAGCAGUGGUUCGGCGGCGUUGCCGCUUCCGUCAACUGGACCGUCGACGUGAAGCAGACCGGCGCCUCGGACGACCGACGAGUCGAGUACGCCGGUCCCAUUCGCGUCGCCUAUCGCCUGGCCAGACGUCGCAGUCGCGAACCGGGCGCCUUCCGACGGCGACGAGGAGAGGCGGUCGAGGAGAGGGCGAAAGACAAGCGUUCAACCGCGUCGCGGCGACGGAGACCGGGCGCUGGUGGGCGCGGCUCGAAGAGGCAGAAGUCGGCGCAGACACAAACGGAAGAGGCGAUCUUGUACGGACAGAAAAAUCUCGCCGAUGGAGGUGAGCUUUGCACUCCUGCUCCCACUUUUGCCGACAGUCCGAGAUUCAUAACGCCUGGAAAGAUGACUUUAACCCUUCCACGAAGAGAGAAUGGCAGAUAG